AUGGAGCGUGCCUAUGGAAUGACGGCUGUUGAAGAGCUGGGCUCCCACACCUUCUACCGGUGGUUUGUAGGGAGUGAUGAGGGGGAGUGGAUGUUGGAGGCACGGGUACCCGCUGUCUGCAAGGAUGAAGUGGAGACCACCCUGUAUGAUGCCCCACUUGCCAGCCAGAAGAGGAACACCAAGGCCUCAAUUGUGACACCCCAUCCGUGUCUCCGCUCCUGGUGGAGCAGGUCCAGCAGCACGGCCAGGGACUCUCUGCUCAGCCUAAAAUCUGGCCUUGUGUCCUCCUGGCCAAAAAACCUGUCCAGCACAGGAACUGCCAGGUUUAUCCUGCAGUACAGGGGUCUGGGCUGGAUAGGUUUCACAGCUCAUGAUGACGUUGUCAUCCACUGGAUUCAAGAGACUUCACCAGAGUCCCGGGUUCACUCCUACCAUCACAAACAAGACCAACUGGGACAGCAGGACCAGAGGUUCAGAGGAAGAACAUCACUGUUUGAGGACCAGAUCUCCAGAGGAAACGCUUCCCUGCUGCUGAGAGGAGUGAAGGUCCAGGACCAGGGCAGAUAUCUGUGUGACGUCAGCACCGUCACUGGAAACAAGGAGAACUUCAUCCACCUGAAUGUGAACGCUCCAGUCCAGAACAUCAACAUUGAAAAGAUACAAGAUAAAAUCACCUGCAGUUCAGAGGGGAUCUAUCCUGAACCUGGACUCACCUGGACCACCAAUCCUCCAUCCAGCGUGAACCUGCAGAGUCCACCAACAGUCCAGCAGACUGAACAGCAGCUUUACAGCAUCAGCAGCUCUCUGGUACCUUCAGACGGAGAUACUGACCUGGACUACAUCUGCACCGUCAGCACUCCAGCAAACAGCAGGAGAUCCACUUUGCUUCGACCAGAGAUCAUCCUGACACAGAGGGGACAUGUAGGGCUCUACACACCUUCAGAGAGGUGGGAGCAGCACGUGAUGACUGUGUCAGAGACAGGAAGUCUCACUCUGAAGGAUUUAUCUUCAGACCACACAGGAACAUACAAAUGUGAACUCAGGGAUGAAGAGGAAACAUACGUGAAAUACACCUUUCUUCACAUACCAAAAGACUGGACUGGAGUUAUUGCAGGAGUGGUGGUGGGUGUGCUGCUGCUGCUGGCCUUGGUUUCUGAAGUCGUUGGUUACAAAUUCAGGGAAAGGGUGAAAAGAUACAGGAGAAUGAGGGAAUACAGGAGGUGGGAGAAAAAAAGAGAUAAAGAUAAGGUUCUGGUUGACUUGGGCAUGGAGGAGCACGACUCAACAGAAGGGGAUCCACUGAUCUCAGCUAUGAAGGAGCGCAGAGAAGUUCGAUUCAUUGAAUGUGAACUCUCAAAGACUCACUGUAAAGCUAUUGCGUCCGCUCUGAAGUCUAAACCCUCCCAUCUGACAGAAGUGGACCUGAGUGAGAGCAACCUGGAGGAUUCAGGAGUGAAGAUUCUGACUGGUGGACUGGAGAGUCCAAACUGUAGACUGGAGACUCUCAGAUUGAAGAGCUGCAGUCUGUCAGAGAUCAGCUGUUCUUCUCUGGUCUCAGCUCUGAAGUCCAACCCCUCCCAUCUGAAACUUCUGGACCUGAGUUACAACGACCUGCAGGAUUCAGGAGUGAAACAUCUGUGUGGAUUUCUGGAGAGUCCAGACUGCAGACUGGAGACUCUGAGACUGGAGGGCUGUUGUUUGUCAGAGAUCAGCUGUUCUUCUCUGGUCUCAGCUCUGAAGUCCAACCCCUCCCAUCUGGAACAUCUGAAACUUCUGGACCUGAGUCUGAACCAACUGCAGGAUUCAGGAGUAAAACAUCUGUGUGGAUUCCUGGAGAGUCCAGACUGCAAACUGGAGACUCUGAGCUUGCAGUGCUGCGGUCUGUCAGAGAUCAGCUGUUCUUCUCUGGUCUCAGCUCUGAAGUCCAACCGCUCCCACCUGAGAGAGCUGGACCUGAGAUUCAACUACAAGCUGCAGGAUUCAGGAGUGAAGCAGCUUUCUGAUCUGGUGGAGAAUCCAGACUACAACCUGCAGACUCUCAGGUCGGAGCGCUGCAGUUUGUCAGAGAUCAGAUGUCGUCCUCUGGUCUCAGUUCUGGAGUCCGAAACCUCUGAUCUGAAACUUCUGGACCUGACUGGGAACGAGCUGCAGGAUUCAGAUGUGAAGCAGCUGUAUGGUUUUCUGCAGAGUCCAGACUGCAGACUGGAGACUCUGAGGUUGGAGAACUGCAGUCUGUCAGAGAUCAGCUGUUCUUCUGUGGUCUCAGCUCUGAAGUCCAACCCCUCCCAUCUGAAACAUCUGGACCUGAGUGAGAACAAGCUGCAGAAUUCAGGAGUGAAACAUCUGUAUGGAUUUCUGGAGAGUCCAGACUGCAGACUGGAGACUCUGAGGUUGGAGAACUGCAGGAUGUCAAAGAUCAGCUGUUCUUCUCUGGUCUCAGCUCUGAAGUCCAACCCCUCCCAUCUGAAACUUCUGGACCUGAGUUACAACUACAACCUGCAGGAUUCAGGAGUGAAACAUCUGUGUGGUUUCCUGGAGAGUCCAGACUGCAGACUGGAGACUCUGAGGUUGGAGAGCUGCAGGUUGUCAGAUAUCAGCUGUUCUUCUCUGGUCUCAGCUCUGAAGUCCAACCCCUCCCAUCUGAAACAUCUGGACCUGAGCUGGAACCAGAACCUGCAGGAUUCAGGAGUGGAACAUCUGUGUGGAUUUCUGGAGAGUCCAGACUGCCGACUGGAGACUCUGAGGUUGAAGCGCUGCAGUCUGUCAGAGAUCAGCUGUUCUUCUCUGGUCUCAGCUCUGAAGUCCAACCCCUCCCAUCUGAAACAUCUGGACCUGAGCAGGAACAACAACCUGCAGGAUUCAGGAGUGAAACAUCUGUAUGGAUUUCUGGAGAGUCCAGACUGCAGACUGGAGACUCUGGAGUUGGAGAAAUGCAGUCUGUCAGAGAUCAGCUGUUCUUCUCUGGUCUCAGCUCUGAAGUCCAACCCCUCCCAUCUGAAACAUCUGGACCUGAGCUGGAACGAGGACCUGCAUGAUUCAGGAGUGAAACAUCUGUGUGGUUUCCUGGAGAGUCCACACUGCAGACUGGAGACUCUGAGGUUGGAGUUCUGCAGUUUGUCAGGGAUCAGCUGUUCUUCUCUGGUCUCAGCUCUGAAGUCCAACCCCUCCCAUCUGAGAGAGCUGGACCUCAGCUGGAACUACAAGCUGGAGGCUGCAGAUGUGGAGCAGCUUUAUGAUCUGGUGGAGAGUCCAGACUACCAGCUGCAGGAUCUCAGGUGGAGAGAGUGAGAUUGACCAGGACGGAUGAGUCGUGUCCUGAUCGUCCUCAGAGUUGAAGCAGCACCAGUUUGUGUGGACAGACUCUGACUGGACCGUGAUGAUGAUGAUGAAGAUGUACAUAGUUUCAGCUCAGUUUGUUCCAGCGUUUUACAAACUUCUCAGAUAUUCAUCUAUUUCAGAGGCAGCUGGUGUAGUUUUCUCCAGGGGGGUUUAUACCAAACUCCAAAAUAGACAUAUACCAAAAAGCAGGCAAAUAAUGUACUAAAGUAUCACAUCUGUAUUUGAAUAAAGGAAA